CAAAGCCAUUCAACUCCGAUAUAGUGAGCUCUCUGAGGCUUCUCCAGUGCUGUGCAUAUCAGCAGGACAGGACACCACCACACUUCUUUUUGCAAGGACUAAACUAGAGCGCACACUCUCCCAAACACUUCAUUUUUUACAAAGACUGGACAAGAUAUUCUGUUUUUAUACAGUAAAUUUUACCAACUGGACAAAACAAGAGGAAUGGUUUUACAAAGCAGAGAGCUUGCUUUUCUGGAAUUGACAGGAGAAGUGGUUUAUGAGGACUGGAGCAAAGACCUGGUUUGUGAGGACCAAGUAAAGAUAGUAGUGGGGUAAAGUGCUUUACCCCAUAGGAGUAAUACAAGGGCAUUGCCUGGUCUCAAAUCUCUACUUUCCAACAUCCAACUUUUUGAAGCUAGCAGCACCUCACUCAGAGAAGGAUUGUACUUUUCUCAAACUUGUUAUUUCUGUCUCCCACACAAGUGCUUUGUUGGUGUCGGUGAAACCCCAUCAACACCUUGUGAAUCGGGAGAGAUAAGGUGAGGAGAGCUGUCCGGUGUGCUGCUGUCCUCUACUCACCCUUCUCCAAGUAUUGUGUGCACGUGUGUGAGUCGGCAUUCUGUGGCACAUGAUGCCCUUGUUAGCCGCGUUUGCCGGGGUGCUGGCGUUGCUUCUCGCCAAGCUUCAGACAGGAUGUGGAUCCCCUACUUUGGCUGGACCUCUGGCAGCUGUGGAUGUGGCCAUGCCAGAGCAGGGGCUGGUGGAGGAGACCCAGGUGACCAACUGUCCGUCCUGUGUGCUGGCCCAGAUGACGAGGGGUUAUGACCCGGUCCCUCCUGGAUUUGAAUCAGCAUCUGAAUCUGUGGCUCGGACUUCGGGCCAAACGGACAUGGUGGAAGCGGUAAAGCGGCACAUCCUCAACAUGCUCCACCUGAGUGCACGGCCCAACGUCACGCACCCGGUGCCACGCGCUGCCCUGCUCAACGCCAUCAAGAAACUACACGUUGGCCGUGUGGGUGAGGACGGCAGGGUGGAGAUCCAGGAGGAGGGACCAGGGGGUGCUGGCGGUGAGUGGGCGGUGCUGCCCGAGCCGCCCUCCGAAAUCAUUACCUUUGCCGAGCCAGGAAACUCUCCAUCUGCCAUGACCUUUGACAUUUCCAAGGAGGGCAGCGAGCUCUCGGUGGUGGAGCAGGCCAACGUGUGGCUCUUCCUGAAGCUGGCCAAGGGGAAAGGGCGGGGCAAGGGAAAAGUGAACAUCCAGCUUCUGCAGCGCCGCCGGCAGAAAGCUCCAGGCUCUGCCUCCACCUCCACCGAGACCCAGGGCGAGGAGGAGGAGUUGGUGUCAGAGAAGAUGGUGGACACACGGCGCAGCGGCUGGCAUACUCUCCCCGUGCCACGCAGCAUCCAGUCCCUGCUGGAUACCGGUGGCAGAGUCCUGGAUCUGCGAGUCUUCUGCCCACUGUGCACCGAGGUGGGUGCCAAACCCGUCUUGGUCCCCACCGAGGACGAGCAACCGGGACGGGAGAGGGAACAGUCCCACCGGCCGUUCCUCAUGGUCGUACUGCGGCCUGGCGAGGAGGAACACGCUCACCGCCGUGCCAAACGAGGCCUGGAGUGCGACGACAAGAUGCACAUGUGCUGCAAGAGGCAGUUCUAUGUCAACUUCAAGGACAUCGGCUGGAACGACUGGAUCAUCGCACCGCCAGGCUACCACGCCAACUACUGCGAGGGUGACUGCCCCAGCCAUGUAGCCAGCAUCACAGGUUCCUCGCUGUCCUUUCACUCCACUGUCAUUAACCACUACCGCAUGCGGGGCUACGCGCCCUUCCAAAACAUCAAGUCAUGCUGCGUGCCCACGCGACUACGCGCCAUGUCCAUGCUCUACUACAACGAGGAGCAGAAGAUCAUCAAGAAGGACAUCCAGAACAUGAUCGUGGAUGAGUGCGGCUGCUCGUAAGAGACAGUACAGAGCAGUAAAAGACUCAUCCAUAAUAAGAAGGCACCAUUGAUAUGAUGGACAUAAUAUAACUGGUAUGAUGGACAAUACAUUUUUGGGGAGUUCUUUGACUGAUCUGUCUGUUUUGUCUUAUUAUCUGACAGGGUAUUGUUAAAUCGGAAUAGUCUCUGUGGCACUUUCAGAUAAAAAAGAGAUACAUCAUAUAUUUUUGUUAAAUGGAGACAGAGUGAGACUACUUAUCACUGUUUAUGCGCAAUGUGAUUCCUGCUUCUCUGCACUGCAAUGAACAUGGAACAGUUCCCUGAAAAAAAACUAUGCAACUGAUGAAGUAUUACGAUGUGUUGUAUUUUUAUUAAUGUUUCUUUAUAUGUGUUUUGUUUCUUAAUUGUAUACAAAGUAGACUUUUUUUAAUACUUUUUUUCUCCAAAUGUGUGUCUGUUUCAAAUGUUUGUAUUGUUAUUGUUGAGAGAUACUUGAAAGACAUAGGUUUGACCAGCUACUGGAGCCAAACACUAAUAUAAUUAUUAACUAGGUUUAUUAUUAUAAUUAUUAUAAUUCAUUUCUGAACUACUUUGUCUUUGUACAUAAAAAUAAUGAAUAUUGAAAUUUGCACUAUACCAACAUUCUUGCCAUCUUGAUCACAUUGACGGUAACUGGCAUUUGGGCCUGCAUGAAGAGAUACUGCAGGUAGCCUAGUGGUUAGAGCGUUGGGCCAGUAACUGAAAGGUUGCUGGAUUAAAUCUCUGAG